CUCACGGUCCAGGAGGUCGAAGUCCUCGCUGAUCUUCCUGAACCGCAGAUACUUCGUAUGAAAGGCUUUCUAUCUCCAGCUGAAGCACAGCACAUCAUUGCACUUGCCAAGCCCAAGCUCCAGGACGGUGUGGUGAUUGAGUCGGGCCAGCUUGUACGUGCCCGAUACCGCACAAGCCAGACUGCUUGGUUGGAGGAUGGCGAGGAUCCGAUCCUGAAGAACAUCUCCAAGCGAAUCGCAGAUCUCACUGGCUUAUCGCUUGAGUCUGCAGAGGAUUUUCAGGUAGCACACUACACGGCGGAGAAUCAGGGUAGCUACGAGCCGCAUUUCGACUGGGGGAGGGAGGUGGCAGUUACAAAUGCCUUUGGAAGUCCAGAAGACACAGGUGCGUAA